ACACAUUCUCCAUCAUUGCACUUUUCACGCUCUCUCUGUCUUCCUUCUUCUUCUUCUUCAACAAUCUUCAAAGCAAAAGAUCAACAACAAAAAAAUGUCAGACAACAAUCCAGAAAUCGAAUCAUCAACCUUCAACAAUCUAAACAUCGACGUCACAGAAUCAAUCCUCUAUCAUCUCCCAAUCCCUUCCUUAGUCCGUUUCACUCUCGUCUCCAAACAAUGGCGUUCACUCAUCACCUCUCUUCCUCCUUCUCCUUCUCCUUCUCCAUCAUCACCACCAUGGCUCUUCCUCUUCGGUAUCCACAACACUUCCUCUUUCCACAACCAAUCCUUCGCUUUCGAUCCUCUCUCCAACACCUGGCUCCGUCUCCCUCCUUCCUCCUCUUCCUCCGAUCAUCUCGUCGGAUCUAAUCGCUUCCUCUUCACCACCGCUCCUCGCUUCUCCUUCUCACCAAUCCUUAAACCUAAUUGGCGAUUCACUUCCCCUGUUCGAUUUCCUCGAAUCAAUCCUCUCUUAACCGUUUUCACAACUCUAUCUAACUCAUCCAAACUAAUCCUCGUCGGUGGAUCUUCGCGUAUCGGCGGAUUAGUCGAUAUCGAAGAACGAUUAGCUGUUCAAAUCUACGAUCCUGUUCUCGAUUCAUGGGAGCUUUGUUCACCACUCCCUGCUGAUUUCAGAUCUGGUCAGGAUCAUCAAACUUUGACCUCAGCUUUGUUUAAGAGAAGAUUCUAUGUUUUCGAUAACUAUUCGUGUUUUAUCUCGUCGUUUUGCUUGGAUUCAUAUACAUGGAGUGAUGUUCAAACUCUUAAACCACCAGGACUCUCGUUUGCUUACUUGAAUUCUUGUAAUGGUAUGCUUGUUCUUGGUGGAAUGUGUGGGUUCUCGUUUAAUCUUUGGAGUAUUGAAGAAGGCUCGAUGGAAUUUAGCGAAAUCGCGGUUAUGCCUGAGGAUUUGUUGUUUGGAUUAGUUGAUAGUGAUGAUGAGGAUGACAAGUUUAGGAGUUUGAAAUGUGCUGGCUCUGGGAAUCUUGUUUAUGUGUUUAAUGAUGAUUGUCAUAAGAAAUUUCCAGCUUGUGUUUGUGAGAUUGGUGGUGGUGAGAAUGGGAUAUGUAGUUGGAGAAGAGUUCCUUGUUUGCCUUCUCCGGUUAAUAAGUUUCAUAAAGUUGUUAGUUUCUGCUCAACGGUGUCUAUUACCGAUGUUUUCCACCCCGAGGAAGCUCGGAUUGGCGGUUCGAUCCGUGGUUGAGUUUGCUUAGGUAUGUUCCUGUGCUAAUGUAAAGUGGAGAUGAAGGGAGAAGAUUUAAUAAUGAAGUGUAUAAAAAUGGUUAUCAAUUUAUUAUGGUAAUCAUGUAAUUAGACGUAAACUGGUUUAUAAUUCUUCGUUGUAUGAAUCAUUUACAUACAUACACAUAUCUACAGAAUCAUUAAGUAUUGUUGUUUGUUUAUAAAUGAGUGUGUUUUCACAAUCUCUUAUACCAAAGCAAGCUAACAUUUAUACGUUCUAAUGAAUUCUAUUAAGUAUUGUUGUUAUUUUUUGGUGAACAUAUAAUGAAAAUGUUGAUCAGCAAUCGUGCUUCUUAACAAGACUCCCAUCUUUGACCAAAGCCUUUGGAUGUUGAUCGCAAUCGUGCCAGAGUUAACUUCCAGAGGAUAUACAUUGUUUGGUUUCUUCAUUGUUUUUAAAGCCGAUUUAGGCUUUCAUAGAGAUUAGGGUUAAUGCAAGAGGUAGAAGAGAUGAGUUUAGGGACCUAAUAAAACUUACUCUCAUUCAUGUUUUUUCUCACACCA